AUGGCAUUCCCGUCCAUGAUGAUAUACAUGUUUGGGCGGACCUUCACGCGAUACAUUUACAACGGCCCGCGCAACCCCGAGUCGCUCUUGCUGUUUCUGGACCUGUUUUACCGCCGGUUGAACCCGGACGGCGACUUGGCGGAAGAGGUGCUCCCGGAGUUUGGCGCGCAGCUCGGGCUGCUGGCGACCACCGACUCGGAAGACGAUGCGCACGAAGGCUGCGAAGUGUCUGGCGCGUUGUCGGUGCAGCGUGUGCCUGGGCGACUCUCCUUCAAAGCCGCAGCUCCGGACACCUCGUUUGACUUGUCCCACAUCAACGUAUCCCAUCAUGUGCACCACUUUUCGUUUGGUCAGUUCAAGACUGCCGAGCAGCGCCUCGCGAAGCCAUCGGGCCGCGGCGUGAUUGCGACGCAGUUCCCUUUGGACAACCGCACGUUUUCCGCCGAGAACAUUGUCGGCGUCGACCGCAUCGACGACUCGAACUUUCUACUCGACUUGCGCUCGCGAGAGUACGAGUUCUCGGUCACGUCCAACCAGUACAACGCGUCGGAAGACGUCCCGGCCGCCAUCCUCACGUACGAUGUGUCGCCGUUGGCGAUCCAGCUGCGUCCCGAGCGCAUCCCGUUCUUUCGGUUCCUCACGUCGUUCUUCGCCAUCGUGGGCGGCGCGUUUACGAUUCUGAAACUCGUGGACGCUGGUGUGUUCCUCGCGCUUAACUCGAUCCAGAAGAAGGCCCAAAUGGGCAAGUUGAGUUAG